AUGUUGAAUUAUCACUUCUCAUAUGUCAGUUCCCUCCUUGAAGUCACUUUAAUUUAAAUCAAUGGUCCAAAUAAAAUCGCAGCAAUCAAAACUUCUUCUUAAUUGAAAUAAAUUCUUUGGAACUUUUAUUCUUCCACCCUUCAGCAACAAGAUGUUCGACUAUCAUUGAUACUAACAAUAAGGUGUAAGUCAUACCUGAUUUAUGGGUUAUAGUGAUUGAUCGUAUUGAGUGUCUUUUAUUACAAUGCAAUUCGGAGUAAGGAAAUAGUUAAUCGCCAACAUACUAACAAUAUUAUUUAAAUUCAUAAUGAAUAAUAGGAUCUUUAGAUUUUAAAAUACUAAUAUUUUAGCAUAAGCAUUAACUAAUAAGAUUCAUGAGUUAGAGUAUUAAUCUAAAAAAGGGACAAAAUAUCCAUUUGGAAACAAUGAAGAAUUUAUUGUGAUUGGUUAAAUGAUCUUAGAAUUUUAUUUCUCCGAUUAUCUGAUCUAGAGAGGGUAUUAGUAAAGUCAAUAUUUAGCUAUCCCAACAAAGAUUCCUCGAUUAAAAAGCCAAGUGAUCUUGUCUUAUUGAGAUAAAGACUAUUAAAUGAUAAAAACUUAGCAGAAAUUGCUAUAUAAUACAAUAUACACAACUUUGUUUAAAUAGGUAAUCAAACAGCUUUAAAGUAUUUACCUUCAUAUUUACUUUAGGAAGAACCCUAAAGUUAUGGCUGAAACACUUAAGGCUAUGGUGGCAGCACAAUAUUACGAUUCCGGAUUCGAUUUAGAACAUACUAGAGAGAUUUUAUAAUCUAUAUUGAAAGAACUUUUAGACAAGUAAUUAUUCAAAUGGAAUAUUAGAGGCUAGAGUGUUCCAAUGGCUGAAUUAAAGCAAAAUCCAAAAACCUCAUUCCUCGAAUUCAUUAACAACUAAACAGAUCUAAUUCCAAAGGUGUCAGUGGAAUGGAAAAAAGAUGAGAAUUCAAUAAAUUUAUACAAGGUAUAAUUAGAAUUGGAUUCUGAUAUAAACAUUACUAAAACUGGUGUAAACAAAAGACAAACAGAAUAACUUGUCUAUCUAGAAGCUUUGAAAUAAAUUAAAUAAAAAUUAGCUCAUAAAAAUCAAAUGCAAAAAAAAAUCCAAGAAAAGUAAUCCUUUGAAUAAAGCACUAUAAUCUACGAAUUAGAUAACUCUAUUACAGAUGAGACUCAAUAUUUUCAAUUUUCAGAAUAUCAUGAAUUUAGUAAAUCAGAUAUAACCGAAUCAUUGGGCGAAAAGGUAGAGCAUCUGCUCGAAAAAUUAGCAUUUUGAAACCAAUAUUUAUAAACUAAUACUUAAAACUUGAGGUUUCAAUUUAAACAAGAAUUUUAAUUAUAGUUUCAUAAUUUAAUCUGAC